AUGAUACAACACCACCCAAAGCAGCACAGCACAGCACACAACAGAACAGGAAAGAUGAAGACAACGAUUGUUGGCAUUGCACUCGCGGCAGCGGCAGUGACAUCGGUGAAUGCACUAAAGUGUGAAAAGAGAGAGACCGGACCAUUGGUGUCAUGGGAGGCGCACCUUGCAGAAGGAGAUGGACAUAAGCAGAAUUACGCGAUGAAGUACGGGUCGCUUGUAAGGAGCAAGGAGCGAGGAGAAGAGUACGAUUUUUAUGAAUGCGAGGCGCCGGAGGGCUUUGCGAAGAGUGAUGAUGAGAAAAUGUAUGGAGUGAUUAAGACGAAAGACGGAAAGAAGUGCUUGACGAACUCGUACAUUUGGAGGUGGGAUGGAAAGGCGAAGCACCAUAGGCGGGAGCCGAAGAAAGGAGAAAAGGAAGUGAGAUUGGAGGAGUGUGCGGAGGGGGGAGAGGAGCUGCGUAAGCAAUGGUUUAGGAUGAUAAUUCCGAGGAAGGAAGGAUGUUCACGAGUGCUUCUGCAACAAGCGAGAGAGGAAGAUUUGGCGCUUACGUUAACGUACGGAGAGGAAGGAGUGGCGUUUCAUCGUCGAUUUAUGAUGAUCUUGGACCGAGGCUGCAGGCGGAAGGAUACCGGACGUCGGAAAGUUUCAUGGAGACAGGAAAGAUGGGAGAAGAGUGCUUGUUCGGCUCGCCCUAGGAAGAAGAGAGCCUGA